GACUGACCGAGUGACUCGGAUCACGAGAAUCUGGUUCGCCGGGGAAACUUGGCCAAUCAGGGGAAGAAGUAUCUACCUACAUAGAUACAGGUGCUUGGAGAGACUUUCCAUCGGCAAUCUCCGGAGAAGAUUCGUUUCUUUUUGCUCGGGUCGAGCCCCCUCCGAGAAUGAUGGCACCGGGGGAGAAAAACGCAUUCAGCCGAGGUCCACCUCAGACCGGGCCUAUAAAAGGAGAAACUCUCCGGAUUCAAACCCAAGUCGACCUGAAACAUUGGAUACGAAUAAACCUCUAACUUUCAAGCCACAGCAUGAAAUCCUUCGUGAUUCUGACCGCACUGUUGGGGCUGAGCUUGGCCGCCCCUGACCACCAUACCGAGAUGGACCACGCCCCUGAAUACAACGUCAUGAUCCAAGACAAGAUUGUUGAGCUCUACGAGUUCUUGAAGGCCGAGCUUGAGGGUGAAGGUGACAUUAUGGAAGCUAUUGACCCUAUUGAGAGCGAAGAGGAUGAGGAUGAUCUGGUCAAUAUUGACGGGGAACCCGUUGGAACUGCAUCCGAGGUCCGCAACAAGCGAAGCGCUGAUCCCUUCUUCCUCCGUAAACUCUUCCGUGGACUUCGACGAGGUGGAUUUAGACGACGUAUUUAUAACCGUGGAUUCGGCCGCAGAUAUAGCCGUCGACGAAGCUACGGACGCAAACGUUAUCACGGUUAAAUACUAUAGACACAAACCAAUUACGUUAAGGGUUGUGGGGAAAAAAAUGUGGUUAUGCUCUUUUCGAAACAAAUAAAUUGAUUUCAUAAGAGACCAAAUAUUGUUGCAUUUUGUAUCGUCGACAAUUAGCCAGAGGUGAAGCCGGCAUUAUCCGAGCUGUCAUU